GCUUCUCCUAACCUCACUCGUGAGCUUUUGUUUUGAAAAGACUUCGGUUGCACCGGAAGUAAAAAAGUGCCAUUCGAAACGAAGCUACCACUGCAGGAUGAUGAGGAUGUGAGGAUAAAGAUUGCACCUAAGCGAAAACAAACGAUUAUUAACGACGGGUGGCUAACUAAUAACAUCAGUGUUGACAUUACCCUGUCUUGAAUCAGUCAAACCAAUGAAAACGCGAAACUUCCGUAAUAUCAUUCGCUGAGUGGUUAUUCCUCGCUGGUUAUGUUUUAUAGUCAGUAUGAGGUGACUGUCUGGUAGCAGCGACAAUGCUCCGGCCUUUCAGAACCGGCUUUUUCACAUUUUAUUCUUCACAUCAAUGACUAUGGACGUCAGAGCAGUGCUGGAGUUUGCCACAGCUACCAGGGGAUUGUCCCUGUUGUUGCAGGCUGUCUUCAAUGCUGUCAUCCCUGACCAUGAUGCUGAUGCCUUCAGGCCCCCACGGACAGAGGAGCCUCUGUACUUGGACUCUUCAGUGGAGUGGUUGUUGGGAGGCCUUUCUAACUGGGAUGCUGAGCAUUUCCUCUUCAUCGCUGAGAGAGGAUACCUUUAUGAGCACAACUUUGCUUUCUUCCCACUCUUCCCCAUCGUCCUUCGAGGCCUGGCAGAGACGCUGCUGUGGCCCAUGAGCAGCUGGCUGAGCGUGCGGGGGCGUCUGCUGGUGGCUGUGGCUCUGGGGAACACUGCCCUCUUCCUGUUGAGUGUGGUCGCCCUGUAUGCGCUCAGUAGGACGGUUCUUCAGGACAGACGUCUUGCUCUGCUCUCCAGCCUGCUGUACUGCCUCACACCUGCCAACGUUUUUAUGACCGCUGGAUACUCAGAAAGUCUUUUUGCUGCUCUUACAUUUGGUGGUCUUUACCUGCUGGAGAAAGGAUUCAGCUUCCGAGCCUGCCUGGCUCUAAGUAUAGCCACUGCAGCACGAUCUAAUGGACUUGUUAACAUAGGAUUUCUAUUGUAUCUUCCAUCACUGCACGCUAUUUCCAAGAUUCGUGUAUAUCGAACAACGACAACAGGCCACAGUAAAGUCUUGCACUACAUAUGGGCCAUUAUCCGUCUCCUGCUUACCUCCCUCUUGGGAACCGCAGUUAUUGCUCUUCCCUUCUGUGCUUUCCAAUACUAUGGGUAUAGGACGUUUUGCACUCCUUCUGUCUCCUUGGAGCGGAUCCCUGCUGCUCUUGUGUCGCUGGCUGAACUAAAGGGCUACCGGGUUCCAGAUGAAAAUGGUCCACCGCCCCUCUGGUGCAUGAGACCUCUGCCUCUGCUUUAUUCUCAUAUCCAGGAUGUUUAUUGGGAUGUGGGCUUCCUCCGCUACUUUGAGCUGAGGCAGAUACCGAACUUCAUUCUGGCUCUACCUAUGGCCACCCUCGGCAUAAUGGCAGCUUAUGCUUAUUUUCUAGCCAAUCCAGAACUGUGUCUUAGACUCGGACUUUGGGACACGGGUUCACAUUUUGACAAACCCACACCAGGAAUGUUCAAUCCCAGAGUGUUUGUGUACAUUGUACAUUCAACGGUACUUCUGGUGUUUGGAACAUUGUGCAUGCAUGUGCAGGUUCUAACCAGAUUCAUGGCCUCCUCAACUCCUGUUCCCUUCUGGAUAAGUGCUCACCUUCUCCUCCUCAAUGAGCCACUUCUUCAUCGAAGGAAAACAUCAAAUCCCAAUGUACAGCUACAGACUCAUUUCAGGAAUGGAUGCCAGCAUACACCUCAAAACCCCAUCAUUGCACUGCUGCCAUACUUUAAAAGCUGUUCCUCUACAACACAAAGCGUCCUGGGAUACUUCAUCUCUUACUGGGUCCUGGGCUUGGCACUGCAUUGUAACUUCUUGCCAUGGACAUGACCAAAGAUGUUACUCUGAGCUUUAAAUGCAAUAUUUCUUUGUAGGACUUGGCUUUAAACCAUAUUAUAAAUCAUAUGAUCAGAGGUGUUUUACAAUACAUCAUCAAUAUUCCAUUUUUACAAAGAACAUAAUUGUAUAUAUGAAUGCAACAUUAUGUCAAUUUCUCAUUUAUUAAAAAAAAUUAAAUCACUAACUUCAAUGUACUGCAAAGACACAAUGCUUAUUAUAAUUGUGUCACCCAGUCCUACAUAGAACCUAUAAACAUGAAAACACUUUUGAAGCCAAUUUAUUCAUGCAAUAGUCAACUGUUUGUAACAAAUGCAAAUGUACAAUAUUCCUUUAUUCAACACUAUUUAAUUGUACAUAUUGGGAAAACUGGUUUUACUUUAAAAAUAUUUUUUUAUUUCUUGAUGAUAUCUUGCUAUUUAAGUUAAUAUUGCAUUGCAUGUUUGGAGACUUAUACCAAGUUAUAGGUUGGGAUUUUUGGAUGUAAAUGAAAAAAAUAAAGAUUUUGUUGCUGUAAACAAUCA